AUUCAAAUAAUUGGUGAAAUAAUUAAAAUAAUUUAAAUGUUAAACAUCCAAUCGAAAUGUCAUCUGAAUCUAGUUUACUUCUGCAAAGCACUCCAAGAUGGCAGUGGUAUUGGGAAGAUAUGUGCGGACCAAAUGGUUUUGAAUUUUGGUCAUUAUUGGAACAUGAUAUUGGAUUAUGUUUUCAACAAUUAUGUCUUCAAAUUCCCUUCCUUUAUUUAUUUGCCAUAAUCUCUGCAUUUUAUUUUGGUAGUAACGUAGGAUUUAUAACACGUAGCCCCAAAGAAUUAUAUUAUAUAAAUUUAAGAUGUUUUAUAUGUUUAUUGUUAGCCAUCUUACCCAUUGUACAAACUAUUGUUGAUAUAAAUGCUGCUGAUAUUAUAGUACAGCCUGUAGAUUUAUUUUUAUCGGCAACAAAUGUUAUAACAUGGCUUGUACAUUUUGCAUUUUUAACAGCUUUACGACGAAAGCUUGGUCCAUGCCCUCGUGGACCAAUAUUUAUACUAGUUAUGUGGUCUAUUAUUGCAAUCUUGACUGUGAUUUCAUUCCGUUCCCAUUUGCUUAUUUAUAAUCGUUCAAUUCCAUCUCCAAGUAUACUAUUAUCUUUAAUCUGUGCUAGUAUUUCUUUAACUUUACAAAUUCUUUAUGCAUUAACAUUAUUGCCGGGAGCAUCCUCAGACUCACAAAGAAAUUAUUCAUCAAGAUAUGAGCAGAUUGGUGAACGUACAUCCCUUUUGGAUGAUGCAAAUGGCUAUUAUUUACGUUAUGAACGAUUAUACACUGGUCGGGGUGAGGAAAAUGAAGCAGAUUUUCUAGGCGUCGCAAUGGAAGACACACCAUUUUUAUCACGUUUGUUAUUCUAUUGGGUACAUACGUUGAUGCAAAAAGGUGUAGAUGGUUCACUCAAUAAUGCUGACGCUUUAUAUGAUUUACCUAUGGACUUAACAAGUACAACUUUAGGCCAAAAAUUUGACAAAGCAUUAAUUGGAAAUGUUGACGAAUUUGAAUUGCAUCAAGCAGUUGCAUCAAACUCACAACUUCGUGACACAAAUUCACUUGUUACGCCAGGUGAAUUCAGCUCAGCCACUACUAUCGCAUUAGUUCCAGAUGUAUACGUUAGACGACAUAAUGUUAGUCUUUUCAAAGCAUUACAUAUUUGUUUUGGCUGGCAGUUUUAUGGAAUUGGCAUAUUAAAGUUAAUUGCUGAUUGUUCUGGUUUUGCAGGACCUUUAUUAUUAAACAAAUUAGUAUCGUUUAUAGAAAAUAAAUCAGAAGAUAUCGGCACAGGAUAUUUAUUUGCUUUAGGUUUAUGUUUAUCAACCUUAAUAGCUUCAUUUUGUAAUGUACAUUUUAAUUUUAAAAUGUGUAUUGUUGGGUUAAAAAUUCGUGGAGCAAUUGUAACUGCAAUAUAUCGUAAAACAUUGACAGCCAGCUCCACAAUUUUAAAUUCAAAAUUUAGUGUUGGUGAAAUUGUUAACUUCAUGUCAACUGAUACGGAUCGAAUUGUAAAUUCUUGUCCAAGUUUUCAUGCUGUAUGGAGUAUACCUUUCCAGCUGGCUGUUACGUUAUAUUUACUAUAUGUACAACUUGGUAUUGCUUUUUUGGCUGGAGUAAUAUUUUCAAUUAUACUAAUUCCCAUAAAUAAAUUAAUCGCAAAUAAAAUUGGAUCGUUAAGUACAAAAAUGAUGAAGAAAAAAGAUGAACGGGUACAGCUAAUGACAGAAACAUUAAGAGGAAUUCGUACUAUAAAGUUUCAUGUUUGGGAAAAGCAUUUUAUUCAAUCAAUAUUAGGUAUACGUGAUGGAGAAUUGAAGUAUUUAAAAGGGCGUAAAUAUUUAGACGCAUUGUGUGUUUAUUUUUGGGCAACAACGCCUGUAUUAAUAUCUAUAUUAACAUUCGCAACAUAUGUACUAUUAGGGAAUAAACUAACAGCAGCUACUGUUUUUACAAGUAUUGCACUAUUAAAUAUGUUGAUUGGACCACUAAAUGCAUUCCCAUGGGUACUUAAUGGUGUUACUGAAGCUUGGGUUUCUAUCAAGAGAAUCCAAGCAUUGCUCGAUGUCUAUGAUUUAGAUUAUGAUAAAUAUUAUGACGAUACAUUAUUAGACGAAAGUAAUUCAGUCAUUGUUAUUAAAUAUGGUCAAUUUUCAUGGGGUAACGUUAAACAAUCAGGAGAUGAAAAACAAAUACUUAAAACUGAAAAUAUUAUAACGAAAUCAAAACAACAAAAACUUGUAAAAAAAAUGCGUGGAACACAUCGUGAAUCUCCUGGUCAGAUUCAACAGAAACAACUUUUAUAUACAGAAGUUGGAUCAUCAACAUCUCAGCAGAGUGGUGAUUUUAUAUCAGACGAAUUUUCUAGCGAUGUAGAUUCAUUCUCAUCGGAACGAAUCAAUGAACGUAACGCCGCCGAAUCAAAAUAUGAGUUUCAUAUAUCGAAUAUUAAUUUACAUAUUAAAAGGGGACAAUUUGUUGGUAUUAUGGGAUCAGUAGGUAGUGGAAAAUCAACAUUAUUAGCGAGUAUUAUUGCUGAAAUUGAAAAAAAUACAGGAUAUAUUGGGGUAUACAAUCGCAAUCUAGGUUUUGGCUACGUUCCACAACAACCAUGGCUACAACGUGGUACAGUCCGUGACAAUAUACUUUUUGGUAAAGUGUACGAUGAACGGCGUUAUAAAAUAGUUCUAAAAGCAUGUUGCUUAGAAGAUGAUAUACAUAUGUUCCCUCACGGUGAUCUGACUGGUGUUGGCGACUCAGGAAGCACAUUAUCUGGUGGACAAAAAGCUCGAAUUGCAUUAGCUCGCGCCGUUUAUCAAGAUAAACCAAUAUAUAUUAUGGAUGAUAUUUUAUCAGCGGUUGAUGCUCAUGUUGCCAAGCACAUAUUUCAAAAUUGCUUGUUGGGUUUAUUAAAAAAUAAAACUCGAGUAUUUUGUACACAUCAUUUACAAUAUUUAUUGCAUACAGAUCAUCUAAUUGUCAUGGAAAAUGGAUGCAUUAAAAAGCAAGGUAUUCCAAGUGAUAUAUUAACUGACAUUGAAGAGAUAUUGUUACCCGAUACAAGUCUAUCUCAAGAUAAUAGUGUCAGUAUUACAGAUAAAAUUGAUAUGACCUCUGCCGAUAUAAUGAAAGAACAAACAGUUGAUAAUGAAAUGUUUAAUCGAGAAAAUCGUGAAAUUGGUAGCGUUGAUACCAAAGUCUAUGCUAUAUAUUGGAAAUCAAUUGGUCGCAUGCUAUCAUUAUUUAUUAUAAUUUCAAUGAUAUUAAUGCAAGCAUCAAGAAAUAUUACUGAUGUUUGGUUAUCUAUAUGGGUAUCAGCAUCAAUGACACCAACAAAUUCGACUAAUUUAACAACAAACAGCUUUGAAACUCCAAAAUUAUUAUCAUCUUCUACAGAUCGAAAUAUUAUGUAUUAUUUGACUAUUUAUGCGAUUUUAGCUGGAAUUAAUUCACUCUUUACUCUGUUUCGAGCAUUUUUGUUUGCGUAUGGUGGAAUACAAGCUGCCAAACGUGUUCAUCAGAAGUUAUUAAAAAAAGUUAUUCAUGCAAAAUUAAGAUUCUUCGAUAUAUCACCUUUGGGAAGAAUACUCAAUAGAUUCUCAUCAGAUACCUACACGGUGGAUGACUCUUUACCAUUUAUUUUAAAUAUACUUCUUGCACAGUUAUUUGGUCUAAUGGGUAGUGUAGCGGUAACAAUAUAUGGUUUACCAUGGUUAUGUUUGGUAUUAACACCAUUAAUACCUGUCUAUCAUUGGCUACAACAACAUUAUCGACUUACAUCUCGAGAAUUGAAAAGGUUAUCAAGUUUAACUCUGUCACCAGUUUAUAGCCAUUUUAAUGAAACUUUACAAGGCCUUGCAACAAUACGUGCAUUUGGUGCUAAUCAACGUUUUAAAAGAGACAACGAGGAAUAUUUAGAGGCAAAUCAAAAAUCACAAUUUGCUAGUAAUGUGGCAAAUCAGUGGUUAAAUUUACGUUUGCAGUUUAUUGGUGUGGCUAUGGUUAGUGGAGUGGGAGUUAUUGCUGUGAUUCAGCAUCAAUUUGAUGUGGUCGAUCCAGGUUUAGUUGGAUUAGCAAUUUCGUAUGCAUUGUCUGUUACUGGAUUACUUGGUGGUGUAAUAAAUGCUUUUACUGAGACUGAACGUGAAAUGAUUGCUGUUGAACGUGUUAAUCAAUAUAUUGAAGAAGUCGAAGCUGAAGAUUUAAAGGAUGCACUCCUUGUUGGACCACAAUACGGUUGGCCUUCACGAGGUUCUAUUCGAUUUGUUGAAGUUGUAUUACGAUAUCGUGGUGAAUAUACAUUUCAAAUGGUUACAUUUGAUAUACGUGGUGGUGAGAAAGUGGGUAUAGUUGGACGUACUGGUGCUGGUAAAAGUUCACUAUUUGCAGCAUUAUUUCGAAUGAUUGACUAUAUGGGAGAAAUUUGGAUUGAUGAUGAAAAUAUUUCAUAUUUGCCGUUGGAAAUACUCAGGACACGGUUAUCAAUAAUACCACAAGAGCCAUUUUUGUUUACUGGGACUGUGCGUGAAAAUUUGGACCCAUUAAAUGAAUAUCGUUCUCAAGAAAUGUGGAAUGCAUUACAACGGUGUAACUUAACUGGUGUCAUAAAACAAAUUGGUGGUUUACAAGCAUCAUUAGGGCCUGAUGGACAGAAAUUAUCAGUUGGACAACGACAGUUAUUUUGUUUAGCCAGAGCUGUAUUACGGAAAGCUAAGAUUUUAUGUAUUGAUGAAGCCACAGCUAAUGUAGAUCUAGAAACAGAUAGGCAAAUACAACAAACAAUACGUACUACGUUCGCUCCAAGUACUGUAAUAACGAUUGCACAUCGUGUACAAACAAUUAUGGAUUCAGAUCGUGUAAUGGUAAUGGAUGAUGGUAAAAUAAUUGAAUUUGAUUCACCAAAAGUACUUUUAACAGAUCCGUCAUCUCAAUUUUAUCAACUUGCUACACAACAACAAAUUCUUUGAUCUAUUACUAUUUUCUAAGACAAAUCAAAAUACUUUCCAACUAGUAAAAUCAUUUAAUCAUCCUGAAAUCAUCAUAACUUUGUGUAGGUAAUAAUCAGAUAUCUUUAAAAAUAAAGAUAAUUAUUGGGCAAUCAAUACAUUGACAAACAUUCCCGACUAAGAUUACUGAUAACUUGUUUAAGUCACUUACAGAUGGCGAGACUGUAGUUCCAAAUAUACCUUAGAUUAUAUUGUAACUAAAUUUAAAUGAUUUUAUCAUGAAAAUAAAUAAAAACAUUUUGAGAAUAAAAUAAAAUAAAUUAGAGUUUGGGUCUAAUUUAAUU